UUGAUCCGAGGAAGGAGAACUCCCUUCUCGUGCUAUAAAAUAACCCCUCGUCGUCAGGCAACCGGUAAUUUCUGGAGGAUCGGAAGCGAAAGAGAUCACCGGAGAGGAGAGAGAUGGAGAUCGGGGGCAAGCUCAAGAAGGGUGCUGGUGGCCGGAGGGGUGGGGGUCCAAAGAAGAAGCCGGUCUCCCGGUCCGUCAAGGCCGGUCUCCAGUUCCCGGUUGGCCGGAUUGGCCGCUACCUCAAGAAGGGCCGCUACUCCCAGCGCGUCGGAACCGGAGCCCCUGUCUACCUCGCCGCCGUCCUCGAAUACCUCGCCGCUGAGGUUCUGGAGCUGGCCGGGAACGCGGCGCGGGACAACAAGAAGAACCGGAUCAUCCCAAGGCACGUGCUGCUGGCGGUGAGGAACGACGAGGAGCUGGGGAAGCUUCUCGCUGGGGUGACCAUCGCCCAUGGAGGGGUUCUGCCCAACAUUAACCCGGUGCUUCUUCCGAAGAAGACCGGGAGCAAGGAGCCCAAGUCGCCCACCAAGGCCACCAAGUCCCCCAAGAAAGCUUAGGAACCGUUGACCCUUGUGUUGUUAUUCCUGCUUUCUUAAUUCUGUAUGUAAUUCUGUGGAUCCGUUUUAGGUUGUUUUCUUCUUUUGUUUGGUGUAGGGGAUGGUGUAAUGAGGAGGAGGGGACGAGACUUGGAAAAAAAGGAUUUGUAUCAAUUCUCUUUCGUUGCAGGAAAUGUUAAAGAUGGUGUUUUUAAUGUGGAA